CCCGCUCACCCGCUGAGGAGCCUCUCCGUGGUGCAGCGGCCUGGGGCUGACAGCCCAGGGUACUUUGGGGACUUCCAGCGCCCAGGACCGCGCCCAAUAGGGCCCUCCACCUUUUGUUCCAGCAGGGUCGCCGGGAGCUGGGGAGGGAACCGCCGGACCUUCGCGGAUCGCGUUUGUCUGCUACCUGUCCUCUAGGCGCAGCCUGUUCCUUCUGCUGUUGCGACCCUCGCCCCACCGGAGGGGGUCGAUUUGUGUUUACUUCGGGUAGUGAGAAGAUCUGCGGUCACUCAACUAAAACUUCUUGCUUUUUUUGGGAGCGACCUAAGACCACCAAGUGGUCUUUUGUGGGGUAGUCCCCUAAAGUUUGUUUUAUUGCAGGGUCGCCUGCCCGGCGUCCCCAGUUUCUGAGGGCGGAAAUGGCCAAUUCGGGCCUGCAGUUGCUGGGCUUUUCCAUGGCCCUGAUUGGCUGGGUGGGCCUGUUGGCGGCCACCGCCAUCCCGAAGUGGAAGAUGAGCUCGUACGCGGGCGACAACAUCAUCACGUCCCAAGCCGUAUACCAGGGGCUGUGGAUGGACUGCGUCACACAGAGCACGGGUUUGAUAAGCUGCAAAAUAUACGACUCGGUGCUCGCCCUGCCGGCGUCUGUGCAGGCCACUCGAGCCCUAAUGGUGGUAUCCCUGGUGCUGGGCUUCAUAGCCAUGAUCGUGGCCACGAUGGGCAUGAAGUGCACAAACUGUGGGGGAGAUGACAAAACGAAAAAGGCCCGUAUAGCCAUGGCCGGAGGUAUCAUUUUCAUCGUGGCUGGUCUCGUUGCUUUGACAGUUUGCUCCUGGUAUGGCAACCAGAUUGUCAGAGACUUUUAUAACCCUUUGGGCAUCAUGAAUACUAAGUUUGAGUUUGGUCCUGCAAUCUUUAUUGGCUGGGCAGGGUCAGCUCUGGUCAUCCUGGGAGGUUCGCUGCUCUCAUGUUCCUGUCCUCGGAAUGAGAACAAGACUGGAUACCGGGCACCCCACUCCUACCCUAAGCCCAGUUCUAACAAGGAGUAUGUGUGAUCUGGGACCCCUUUGUGGCAGACUGAAGGUUAUGUGUGUCCAGAUAACUGAAAUCUCAGGACCUGGGAUAGAGAUGGCAGUGAGUGGGCAGGAUGUGGAGUGAUUGGCAGCCUCCCAGUCACUCUAACCUUGCACAUCAUGUACAAUGGGUGGGAAGACAAAAGGAGGGGAGGGUGUGCUUUUUGUACAAUAAUAAAAAGUGUGUUUUAGAAAGUUGGAUUUUCCCCCUUCAGGGUUUUUGCUUUCUUCUCAGAUCCUUGCCUGGGCCCUGAAGUAUACCUAGUCAGUUAAAAAAAAAACACUGAUGGAGCACCAGGGGUAUGCUUGACCAUCCGUGUGUUCCAACCCUUCAUUGUUAUUCAGACCCCAACACUUACUGACUCAAAGUUUCAGCUGCUUAGAGUCCCUCAUCAAUUCCCAUCCAUCAGUCCUCUCUCAACUUUUACUUAAAUAGCUACCAAAAUUUCUUUAAUAAAAAAUUAAGAUUUUU